UAAUAAGGGCCCUCCGAUCUUAAGCAGUAAGUUAAUAACGAUUCAUAUAAAGCCUCCUCUUCGACAAAACCCUAGACUGAGUGAUAGCUGAAAAUCGAGCAAAAAUGGUGCAGCGUCUCACAUAUCGUACCCGGCACAGCUAUGCCACCAAAUCCAACCAACACAGGAUCGUCAAAACCCCCGGAGGGAAGCUAGUGUACCAGACCACUAAGAAGAGGGCAAGUGGACCCAAGUGUCCUGUCACUGGCAAGAGGAUUCAAGGGAUCCCUCACUUGAGACCUGCUGAAUAUAAGAGGUCUAGAUUAUCUAGGAAUCGGAGGACUGUUAACCGUGCUUAUGGUGGCGUAUUGUCUGGAGCUGCAGUCAAGGAAAGGAUCAUCAGGGCCUUUUUGAUUGAAGAACAAAAGAUUGUGAAAAAGGUGUUGAAGAUUCAGAAGGCAAAGGAAAAGCAAGCCUCAAAGAGCUAGAUUUCAAAAUCGAGUGAGUGUUACGUAGCUACUAGAGUGAUUUUGGCUUGUGUUGGGCUAUGGGAAGUAAUUUGAGUUGUUCCAGUUUGUGCUUUUUACAUUUUGUUGUGGAUGGUUUAAUUAUGAUGUUAAGUACUUAAUUUUGUUCAGAAAUCCACUCUUACCAUGGAUUUUCCCUGUUUUGUAUUUCAGUGGUAACAUAUACAUUUUCCAAUUGUUUGUGUAAUGUCAGUUUAGUAGCUUUAUUUAUGACUCCA